UGCUUUGUUUUGUUUAUCAUCUUUUCAUUUUGAUCGUCCAAAAAUUGCAUCUCCAAAAUGAGUGAAUUUAUCGAAAAACGUCGCGAAUUAGCAAUCAAAGAGUAUGAGUUUAUGAAACACCUGAAACUGUUCACCGGCGACGAGAUUCGUGACAUAAAAAAUAAGCGGUUUCAACACGAACACAGGGUGGAACGACGCGCUAAAGAGCUGACCGACUACAUCAACUAUAUUGUGUACGAAAGUAGCUUGCUGGAACUGCUCCGAGAACGUAGGAAGAAACUACGUGUACGGGAUGGGAAGCAUGGUUUGGACAACAGCAUCCAGAUACGAAUCAAGGUGCUGUACAAGCGAGCAAUGGAACGAUUCCCGGCAGAGUAUCAACUUUGGAUGCACUACUUCAAGUACUGUGAGAAGAAUAAAUUUACAGCAGACGCAUCGAGAAUGCUGGAUAGGAUGUUAAAUUAUCACGGCGAUAAACCAAGAGCGUGGAUUAGUGCUGCCAACUGGGAGCACGAGAAGAUGAAUAAUAUGGACAAAGCUAAGCAUUUCAUGUUCCGCGGAUUGCAGAGGCACCCGGACUGCAGGGAGAUGUAUUUGCGGUUUGUGGAAAUGAUGCUGAAAGAGGCCGAAAAAAUCGAGCAAGUUGAAGAGGGCACCGAAAAUCAAGAACAGAAUGUUUCGCGAUUGGGUCAAAUUUUGGAAUGCGUCAAGUUGAUCUAUCAACACUACAAGCAAAAGGACACCGACCUGGAGUUUUUCAUAGAAUUGCUAGAUUGCUUGAAAAAAAUAAAUGUAACAAAAACGUUCGGAUUUGAGGUUUUGAACGACAUGAAGAAGACGUUUGCCAAGAAGGAACUCAUGUGGCACACAUUGGCGCGAUUGGCCUUGGAAGGGUCCUAUCUAUUAAGCGAGAAAACAUGUCAGCAAGAAAAACCUUCAUUUAAAAUAUGUCUCCAACAGUGUAUUCAGAUUUACGAAACUGCCAUUGAAGCGGUCCCUACAAAGGAAAUGUGGAGUUAUUAUGUAGAAACAAUCUUGCAGCAAAAUGCGGAUAUGUCAUGCUAUCCCAAACUUCGUCGAAAAGCUUUGGGAGAAGCGUUCAAAAAGGCAUAUUUUGCUGGGUUUUUAGAAGAGGAUAGAUACGUCCAAUAUAUCAAACUGUUGAUUCAUUCUGAGGAAACACAAUUUUCAUUUGUUAGUGAGGUCUUGAGCAAGGCGCUUGAGGUUUAUCCCAGUUCCAGCCAACUUUGGGAGUUACAGCUAACAUGUUUAGUUCGUAAAUGCGCGUCUGCCAAGGAAUUUGAAUCAGUAUUCAAACAGGCUAUCAACAAGUGUUCUUCAGAUGUUUUACCUCUAUGGAUUGUUCGUUCUCAGUUUUACUAUACGCAAACAGAGAAUCAAAACAAAUUAGAGCAGGUUUUUAGAGAAGCCAUACAACAGUCAACUAGCGUGUCUUCUCACUUUCAACCACUCUUUCUCAACUAUUUGGUGGUAACAAAAAAUAUUGACGCAGCGCGUAAAGAGUAUCGUGAGAUGCAACGAAAUUGUAAACCUUGUCUGGAAUUGCACCACAAAAUGGCAGAACUGGAAUCUAUUCAAAUGCAGCCCAAUUUCGACCAGGUACGGACGAUCCACGAGAAUGCUACCCAGUACUUUGGAACCUCAAACGCAGAUGUUUGGAUCGAUUAUAUUCGGUUUGAACGAGAUAAUGGUUCACCAAAAACCAUACAUACAAUUUUCGAACGGGCGAAAAUGCGUUUAAAUGCUGAUUUGAUGGCUGACUUCAUUGUUAAGUAUGAACAGGUAAAAAAUCCGCUACUUUAAAUCAUUAACAAAAAGUUGUAUUUUUUCGAAAUAAAUUAAAUUUUGUAUA